ACAGUGAUGUGGUUGCGCCAGUGACGGGUAGCCGCAAUAACAACAGGCACUACACUGCACUUGUGAUUUUCCAAUGCACCACUUUUGUUACGAAUAUUAGUCAAUUCAAAUACAAAGUUGUGUGGAUAAUAGCGCCGAGAAAAAAAGAAGACAGACAGAAUUGGUCUGGGCGUGACGACACCGACGGAAGAAAACUUCAAGUUCACUGGCAACGUGAAAGUAUCCAGCAUCUGAGACAUGCUGUUCGAAGAGGCUCUGCAGCUUGUCGGUGAAUUCGGCGUGUUCCAAUGGCUGCUCAUCGUGUACCUCGUGGUGUUCGUGGCUCCGAUGCGAGUGAUACCACUGUUCGCACACAUCUUCACGCUGCUGGAGCCACCGCACUGGUGCCGCCAGCCUGAACUCGAAGACCUGUUCAACUUGACGCGCGAGGAAGCUCGAGAGCUGGGUGUGCCUCGCGAGUCUGACGGAAGCUGGAGCAAGUGCUCCAUGUACGAGCUCAACCUGACAACACUCGAACCCUGGACGGUGGGACAGAAGCUGAAUACAAGCUUGCACGCAAGAGACCUGCUGCCCGUUGUGCCUUGCCAGUUCGGUUGGCACUACGACCACUCCGUCAUCUAUCCAACCAUCGUGUCCGAGAUGAAUUGGGUGUGUGGCCAGACCUGGAAAGCGUACAUCUCAAACUCGAUCUUUUUUGGCGCCAUGUCCAUAGGGGUGAUUGGGAUCGGCGCCAUAAGCGACAAAAUCGGCCGCAUUCCCGUGAUGAUUGCCAUCUACAUCCUGGCAGGGGUGGGCGCAGUGACCACCUACUUUACGCAAGACUUCUAUCUUUUCCUGGUCACUCGGAUCGUCCAAGGAGGUGUUAUCCUGUCCAUCAGCAUUAUCCCUUUCGUACUGGCGCUGGAAUAUGUGCCUGCGCAGAAGCGGAUGCUGGUUCUGAGUGCCUUCCGGUUCGCCUACCCUGUGUUGGGAGUUUGUAUGCCCUGGGUGGCGUACGCGCUAGCCCACUGGCGCCUCCUGAACGCUAUCGUCGUACUACCGUGCCUCGUCGGACCCGUGGUUUCCAUUUUCAUACCGGAGUCCACCAGGUGGUUACUGUCGAAAGGACGGACCGACAGAGCGAAAAAAAUCCUGCUUAGCGUCGCCCGUGUGAACGGCAAGCAAGUGGAAGGUUCGGCACUCGACUCUCUCCAGCUGCCGAACAAGACCGACGCCUCCAAAAGGUCGUCAACAACGGACGUCUUCCGGUACCCUACACUUCGCAGGAGUUUCCUUAUAACACUUUUUCUUUGGUUGAUGUCGUGUCUGACGUACUCGGCCGGCCAGCUGUACGCUGCCACUGCAACCGACGACCCAUUCGUGAUGACGUCGACGACCAACGCCAUGGACAUAUUGGCCACGGUGCUGGCUCUUCCACUAGCCGACAGGUGGGGUCGCCGACCGAGCAUGGUGUGCGCGUACGGCCUGGCUGCUCUCUGCUAUUUGGGCGUGGCAGGCUUCUAUGGGAAAUCAGCUGCAAUAUUCGCCAUCAUGAUGGUGGGCCGAUUCGCUCUCACCACUGCCUACAACGUGGGCUACCUUUUCGCUGCUGAGAUAUACCCGACUGAGAUACGGUCGCAAGCGCUAUCAAUAAGACAAGCCUUCGGCUCACUUGGAAAGUUCCUCAGCGCUCAAGUCGUACAGCUGGCGUUCUACGGCCGCUUCCUGCCUCUAUUCGUACUGGGCGGGCUGUCUUGUGCGUCGGCGCUCAUAACGCUGCCUCUCCCGGAGACCAACAACCAGCGGCUGCCGGAAACACUGCAAGAGGGCGAGGCGAUGCGAGAGCUGCCCAAGCCCUGGUUCCCGUGCCUGGCAGAGAAGAAGCGCGAGCGAAGCGGCACGGCCACUCGAGGGCGCAGCAUGUCCACCAUGUCUGCCGCUACUAUCGAUAGUGUCAGUCCGCACUAGAAGGGCGCGACUGUUUACGAGAUCAUUCAUGCUGUUGAAAGAAAAAAUUACUGUCAUGGCUAGGGUUGACGCAGGAAGGGAAGUAAUGACGCUGCUAGCGGUCGGGCAAAAUGGCGGAGAACUAAGCGGCGACAAUGCCGUUGAGUCCAGGAAUAGCGUGGCUACUGUUGCCAAGAGCUUGUAGCUCGAUGAGCCACUGUUAACACCAGAAUAAAGUAAUGCUUUAGAAACCCG